UCCCCGCUGAGUUCCUUCUCGAAUUCCCGCCCCUGACCCUGCGGAUAAUGCUUAGAGAGGCACUGGAGUCCACUUCGGCAAGCUGAACAGGCAGCCUGCUCUCCGUCAGAGCUCCAGCUGCUACCUUUGAAGUGCUCUGUGUGCCCUCCUUUCUUCCCCGGUUGAAAAGGAAUCCCAGACUCAGAGACUGGCGUCCUUGCUGUAGCCUGCACCCUUGUCGCCUCUGGACACGCAGUUCCUUGCUCCUUCCUGACCUGGACCCUGUGUGCAGUGGUGGGUGGAGGCUUGGGCGGCUGCGGAGGUUCCCGGCUCUCUAGGGAGCUUUGCGCUGGAGAGCUCAAAGAAGUGGAAGAGCGUUUCUUGGAGAUCUUCCCCGGGAAGUCCCGAGGCGAUUCACUAUGAAGUGUAGCGCGCGGGAGUGGCUCCGAGUAACCACAGUGCUAUUCAUGGCUAGAGCAGUGCCAGCCAUGGUGGUUCCUAAUGGCACCUUAUUUGAGAAGCUGUUGGAAAAGUACACGAAUGAGGACGGGGAGUGGUGGACGGCCAAGCAAAGAGGGAAGAGGGCCAUCACGGACGAUGACAUGCAAAGUAUCUUGGACCUUCAUAAUAAAUUACGAAGUCAGGUGUAUCCGACGGCUUCUAAUAUGGAGUAUAUGACAUGGGAUGUAGAACUGGAAAGAUCUGCAGAAGCCUGGGCUGAAACUUGUUUGUGGGAACAUGGACCUGCCAAUUUAUUGCCAUCCAUUGGGCAGAACCUGGGAGCACAUUGGGGCAGAUAUAGACCUCCAACUUUUCACGUACAAGCCUGGUAUGAUGAAGUGCGAGACUUCAGCUACCCAUAUGAACAUGAAUGCAACCCAUAUUGUCCGUUUAAAUGUUCUGGUCCUGUGUGCACUCAUUACACCCAGGUGGUAUGGGCAACAAGUAGUAGAAUUGGCUGUGCCAUUAAUUUGUGCCACAAUAUGAACAUCUGGGGACAAAUUUGGCCCAAAGCUGUCUACUUGGUGUGCAAUUAUUCCCCAAAGGGAAACUGGUGGGGCCACGCUCCUUACAAACAUGGACGGCCGUGUUCCGCUUGCCCGCCUAGUUUUGGAGGGGGCUGUAGAGAAAACCUGUGCUACAAAGAAGGCCCCAACAGAUAUUACCCUGCAAGGGAAGAAGAAACAAAUGAAAUCGAACGGCAGCAGUCCCAAAUCCAUGACAGCCAUGUUCGGGCAAGAUCAGAUGACAACGAUAGAAACGAAGUCAUAAGCACACAGCAAAUGUCCCAAAUUGUUUCUUGUGAAGUCAGAUUAAGAGAUCAGUGCAAAGGGACAACCUGCAACAGAUACGAAUGCCCUGCUGGCUGUUUGGAUAGUAAAGCUAAAGUUAUUGGGAGUGUACAUUAUGAAAUGCAAUCCAGCAUCUGUAGAGCUGCAAUUCAUUAUGGUAUAAUAGACAAUGAUGGUGGUUGGGUGGAUGUCACUAGACAAGGAAGAAAACAUUAUUUCAUCAAGUCCAAUAGAAACGGUGUUCAGACAAUUGGCAAAUACCAGUCUGCUAAUUCCUUCACAGUUUCUAAAGUAACAGUUCAAGCUGUGACUUGUGAAACAACUGUAGAACAGCUAUGUCCAUUUCAUAAGCCUUCCUCACAUUGUCCAAGAGUAUACUGUCCUCGUAAUUGUAUGCAAGCCAAUCCACAUUAUGCUCGUGUAAUUGGAACUCGAGUUUAUUCUGAUCUGUCUAGUAUCUGCAGAGCAGCAGUGCAUGCUGGAGUGGUUCGAAAUCACGGUGGUUAUGUUGAUGUAAUGCCUGUGGACAAAAGAAAGACUUACAUUGCUUCCUUUCAGAAUGGAAUCUUCUCCGAAAGUUUACAGAACCCUCCAGGAGGAAAAGCAUUCCGAGUAUUUGCUGUUGUGUGAAACCACAUGUGGAAGGGAUUGCGAAGACUAUUCCAAAUGUCAUAUAGCUGAAAUUUGUAUAAAACUGUAACAUUACUGUACAGAAGAAAUCAAUUAUUUUUAGCCCAAAACAGUGCCAAAUGCAUAUAAAUCUUGUUAGACAAAGUCUAUAAAAUAAUACAUGGGACUUAUGCUUUGGAAAAAGUAAAGAAUAUGUAAUGGUUUCAGAAAUCCUGUGUUGAAUAUUGCUAUAUUUUCUUAGCAGUUGUUUCUACAGUUAAUUACCUGUUCAUGAUUGUUCAACAUUUCAUUAUAUGGUGCUUUGUACAUGCCACUAAUAAAAUGAAUCUAAUAUUGAAUGUGAAUGGUCCUCAGAAAAAUCAUCUGGUACAAUAAAAUAAUCAAGUGUAAAACUGAAAUUAGUCUUAGCAUAAUUUCUCCCAUCCAAUCCUAUAAUAUUUGCUACUCUAAAUAAUCUCAAAUUCUUUUCCUCUUAGUAGCCUGUACAACUUUUUUCUUAUGUUAGAUUUAGGUAUAGAGAAUAUUAAGUUCUGAUAUUGC